AUGCGAUGCAUAGCUGCAAAUCGAUCGGUACUCACAGCACUUGAUCAAAAUACAACACUCGCUGAUCAUGACACAAACAAUUGUACAGCAACAACAAAUGAUAUUGAUAAUAUGGAUAUAAUUCAAUUUGCUGAUGGUUGGUAUUCUUAUCCUGAUCUUAAUACAUUUGACAGUGAUAUACUUCUUGCUACACUUACACUUCGAAAUAUUAAACCAUCAAAAGCUAUAUCUCCAUGGAAUAUGAAAUUAGAAAAUUCUACUGGGCUUCUUCUUACGGAAAUUGGCACUCGUCAAUUGGAAGCAUUGUUUAAUUUGUCACAAUUACUAUUUGGCUUAGCUCGAGCGGAACAAUCAAAUUAUACAUUUCGUGAUUUACAAUUAGGUAAACCAGCACGACAAUUUCGUGCUAUUGAUAUUGUUUAUAUGAUGUACAAAGUAACUUUCAUAUAUUAUUGUUAUCAUCUUUUUAAUGCUAGUAUAUUGUUUUUAUUUUAUUUUAUUUUUGUUGCAAAGGAUCCUCGCAUUCGAUGUGUUAAACAAAAAUCUCUUGAUUUAUUAACAAAUGUAACAACAAUAAAUGAAGUUGCAUAUUUUAUUCUUGAUCGUUAUUCACAAUUUCUUAUUCAACUUAUACAAGGUAUUCGUGAUGGACAUUUAAUUGAAGAAAAAAUACCAUCAUUAUCUGUUCUUAUACGUUUAUGCAAAGUUAUUGUUGAAAAAAAUCUUCUUAAUUAUUAUCAACAUUUAAUUGAUAUGCAAUUUAUUGAUAUAUUAAUUGAUUUAUUUGAAUAUCAACAAUAUAAAUCAAAUGAUAUAAUUAUUUAUUUUAUUAAAUUUGAAUCACUUGCACUUCAAUGUCUUUAUAUUAUUUUACAAUGUGCUGAACAUGUUGAUAUGUGGUCUGAAAAAGCUCAAAUACGUCUAGUAAAUUAUUGUUGUACACUUUUGUACAAGUCAAUUUUGGAUGAUGAUAAAGAUAAUUAUUCCCGACGAAUGGAAAUAAAUCAUAUAAUUUAUGCAGAACAACAUAAAAUAAUUCAUUCAUUAUGUUAUAGUAUAUUAACGUUUUUAAGUAUUGUUCGAUGUCGAAAAGAAAUUGGAAGAUUCUAUCGUGAAAAUGAACAUUUUCGAGAAUUACUUAAUGCUAUGAGACAUAAAUAUAAUUCUCGAAAUGAAUAUUCAUCUCGUGAUUCAUCAAUUUCUUGUGCACUUAAUCAACUUAUUGAUAGUAUGUUUGAUCGAUAUGAACGAAAAAAACGUAGAAACUAUCAUCAAUUACCUACAAAAGAAUAUCUACGUCAUCAAAUACAAGAUGAAGAUGAAGAGAAUAAUGAAAAUCGACAAUAUCGCAAAUGUUCAAAUUCUUUGUGUCAAAUGAUUGAAAAUGAUCAAAUAAAAUUUGAAGAUUGUCCUUAUUGUCAUAAAUUGUUAUACUGUAGUCAGUAUUGUCGAGAAGUUCAUUGGACAUUAAAUCAUAAUUUAUUGUGUCGACCUAUAAGUUCUGACAGAAAAAAAGAAGAAUCGACUGUACUAUAUAAAAUGGAUGAAUUUUCUGGCAGAACACAAAUAGAUUAUCAAAAGAAAAAGACAACAUCAAUGGCUUAUAACUCGGCAUUCGAAACAUUACCAGUACAAAUAUCACAUCCAAUCAUUGAAGCAACAGCGGAGAUUACUAAUGAUUUGUGUUAUCCAUCAUCGUCAUCAUCUUCGAAUGUCAAAAAGAAGUCGUUAAAAACUCUCUUAUCACUUCUUCGUGUUAGCGGAAAACGACGUUGA